AUGACCAAAGACGAUAAGCGUGAAAGUGUUCUGCGGGAGCUUAAUUCUGAUCCUUUUCGACAAGUACCUGCAAGUACAAUUCUUGGUUUCUUUCAUCCUUAUUGUAAUGCAGGAGGAGGCGGAGAACGUGUUUUGUGGACUGCAGUACGUGAUGUCCAAAAAGAGUUUCCCCAUGUUAUUUCAGUCAUCUAUACUGGUGAUUUGGAUGCCACCAAAGAACAGAUUUUGUACAAAGUCAAGGUAAACUUCAAUAUUGAUCUUGAUCCGCAUAAAAUCAUUUUUGUCUAUCUCACUACUCGUUACUUGGUCGAUGAUUCCAGAUAUCCUCGUUUUACUCUUGCCCUCCAAAGUUUGGCAUCGCUUGUAUUAGGAUUUGAAGCUGUUAAUAAAGUAGUUCCUGACAUAUAUUUUGAUACAAUGGGAUAUGCAUUUACAUAUCCGUUCAUCUCUUUUAUCGCUCAAGUCAAAAUCUUUGCCUAUGUGCAUUAUCCAACAAUAAGCUCGGAUAUGCUUCAGCGUGUUUAUGAGCAAAGACAGACCCAAGAGGUGCAAGUCUCAAACAAGGGAUGGCUGUGGAGCACAGGAAAACUUAUUUAUUACCACCUGUUUGCCAAGGCUUAUGGUUUCUGCGGCUCUUACGCUGAUGUUGUUAUGGUCAAUUCUACUUGGACAAAAGGCCACAUUGAUCAAUUAUGGAGUACCGAUGCUCAGAUUGUCUAUCCUCCUUGCGACACAGACCGUCUAAAUGAAUUACCUUUAAAAAACAGACUUCCAAUGAUUGUGAGCGUUGCUCAGUUUAGACCCGAGAAAGACCAUUCGAUGCAAUUGAAGGCUGUGGCACAAUUAUUAGAGAAAUAUCCUCAAUGGAAGACUUGUGAAGGGUUUGAGUUGGUGCUGAUCGGAAGUUCGAGAAACCAAGGAGAUGAAGAUCGAAUCCAAAGAUUACGACAAGAGGUUGUCAGUUUGGGUAUCGAUGAUUAUGUUCGGUUUGAAAUCAAUGCUUCUUAUGAUGUGCUGGUGUCAAGUUUGGGCAAGGCAAAAGUUGGACUGCAUACAAUGUGGAAUGAACACUUUGGAAUCGGUGUUGUAGAAUACAUGGCAGCAGGAUUGAUUCCAGUGGCUCACAAUUCGGCUGGUCCAAAACUUGAUAUUGUCACUGAUUAUGCCGGAAAGCAAACAGGUUAUUUGGCCGAUUCUGUUGACGGUUUUGCUUCCAGUCUUCAUGCCGCUCUGUCACUGAGUUUAGAGGAAUACGAAGCCAUGGCUUCCAACGCUCGUGCUUCUGCUUCCGAUCGAUUCUCAGAGGUAGCCUUUAGUUCAAAAUUCUUACGAUCCCUUCGAAGAUACUUUACCUGA